GUCAGAGCUCAACGUUAUCGAUAAACAACAACAACCCGAAGUUCCCUCUGCCUUCGACAGACAGCGCCCGACUUCCAUCGGCGCCAACCGAAUCAUCAUGGUGAAGCCCCUUACAUUCAAAGGCGAUAAAAAGCCGAAGAAAAGAAAGCGCGCCGACGCCGACGCUGGCGAGGGCGCAGGGCCGGACGACAAUGCCGAGCGGCAGGUCAAGGCAGCGAAGGCAGCAGAGGACCCCGAGCCCAGCGACGACGACAGCUGGGUCUCGGCCGACGCCGUGUCCGACGUCUCGGGCCCCAUCAUGUUCGUCCUGCCGAGCGAGCCCCCGACCGCGCUCGCCUGCGACGCCAAUGGCAAGGUCUUCGCCAUGCCCGUCGAGAACAUCAUCGACGGCAACCCCUCCACGGCGGAACCCCACGACGUGCGCCAGGUCUGGGUCGCCAACCGGAUCGCGGGCACCGAGCACUUCCGCUUCAAGGGGCACCACGGCAAAUACCUGUCCUGCGACAAGAUCGGCAUCCUCACCGCGACGGCAGACGCCGUCUCGCCGCUCGAGACCUUCAACCUGAUCGCGACGGCCGACACGCCGGGGACGUUCCAGCUGCAGACGCAGCGCGACACGUUCGUGACGGUGCGCGCGCCGUCGCGCUCGUCGGCAGCCCGGGGGGCGGCUCACGCGGCGCCGCCGCCCGAGGUGCGCGGCGACGAGACGGCCAUCACGUUCGACACGACGCUGCGCGUGCGCAUGCAGGCGCGCUUCAAGCCGCGCCUGCGCGCGUCCAAGGAGGAGAAGGCGCGCGAGCGGAUCAGCCGCCGCGAGCUGGAGGCGGCCGCCGGCCGCCGGCUGGACGAGGCCGAGGUCAAGAUGCUCAAGAAGGCCCGGCGGGAGGGCAACUACCACGAGGCGCUGCUGGAUAUCAAGGUGAAGAGCAAGCACGACAAGUUUGGGUAAGCUGGGUGGUGCGCAUGGAUGGACUUGCUUUGGGGCUGGACGGACGUGGGCUGGAGUUAUGAAAAUAGUGUUGACAGAAUGAAGCAUCAUGAUACCCUUCCUUCACAAGUUGCCACCGCUUCUGUCCACGGGAACAGCCUGAAUAAAUCAUACCAGCAAAACACCUGCCGCAACGCAUCCAACUAUCCUUCAUUACAUCAUGGCAUCCCCAC